AAAAUAGUAGAGGACAAGUGGGAAUCUCAAAUGGGGGUGAAGUUGUAUGGAGCUGCACUAUUCUUAAACCCAAAUAGGAUCUAUGGUCUCAAAGCUAAGCCCGAGAAAGCACGAUAUUGUCAAAGGCUUAGGCAUAUGUUCAAUGAGGUGCUAUUGCACAUGGAGCCCGAUGAUGAUAAAGCAAGCGUGAUAAGUAGAUUGGCUGAUGACUAUGAAAGAGGUGAAGGUGAAUGCUUCAGCUCUAAGUUGGCAAUCAAUGACCGAACAAAAAAGAGUCCUCUUCUUUGGUGGGGUGCUUAUGGUGGCCUUGCUUAUGAGCUGCAACAUUUAGCAAAGCACAUAGUUAGCCUUUGUGCUUCAGCUUCCGGUUGCGAACGAAAUUGGUCUUGCUUUCAAAAUAUCCAUAGCAAAAAGAGAAAUAGGUUGGAGUUCCAAAGACUUAAUGAUUUGUCAUAUGUUCAAUACAACCGGAAGAAUGCCGAUAGGUUCCAAAAGAUUCGUGAGGAAGGCUCCAAAGGGACUAGGUCUGACCCAUUAGUCCUAGAAGACUUACAAUGGGACAAUGAAUGGGUUGACCAUAAUGCCCAGCCGGUUUAUGAAGGGGCUGAUAUCACUUGGGCUCAAGUUGACGAAGCUGUCGGUGCAUCUGAAGGUCCAUUGCGCAACCUUAGAAGCCGUGGGAGUGGGAGCCAGGCUGCUGUUACUCAUGUCUAUUCUCGAUCUCGAGUGCACCAAGUUGGAGAAGAUGAGGACGAGGAGGAUGAUGCAAAUCAGGAGGUUGAGCUUGAAGAUUAUUCAACAAGUGAAGAUGAUCAAGAGGGAAAUCAAGGUGAAGGUGAAGGUGGAGGUGAAGAGAGAGGCUCCAUUGGCUUUGAUGAUGAUCUGGAUUACUAGGACGAUUGAUGGAACUUGGGCUGGUGUGGCUUCAUUUUGGACAUAUGGAGUUGGGGGCUCUUGGGGCUGGUGUGCCUCAUUUUGGACAUAUGGAGUUGGGGGCUCUUGGGGCUGGUGUGCCUCAUUUUGGACAUAGGAUUUGGGGCUGCUGUGGACCGUGUGGCUUCUUUUUGGACAUAUGGAGUUGGGGGCUUGGGG